AUGGCGUCUCAGACUUUCAAGUUGAACUCGGGAUACGAGAUUCCCGCCGUUGCUCUCGGCACAUGGCAAUCCGCCCCCGGUGAGGUCAAGGAUGCCGUCUCCUAUGCCCUCAAGAUCGGCUACAAGGCCAUUGACGGCGCCUACUGCUACGCCAACGAGGACGAGGUUGGCGAGGGUCUCAAGCAGGCCUUUGCCGACGGCGUCAAGCGCGAAGACAUCUUCGUCGUCACCAAGCUGUGGGCCACUUACACCAUUGGCGAUGACAAGGUCAAGGAGGGCUUGGAGAAGAGCUUGAAGAGCCUGGGUCUCGACUACGUUGACCUGUUUCUUGUCCACUGGCCUGUCGCUAUGAACCCCAAUGGAAACCAUGACAGAUUCCCCACUAAGCCCGACGGCUCCCGCGACAUCGUCCUCAGCCACUCCCAUGUCGACACCUGGAAGUCAGUCGAGAAGCUCCUCGAUACGGGCAAGGUUCGUUCCAUCGGUGUCUGCAACUACAGCGUGAAAUACCUCGAGCAGCUUCUUCCCCAAGCCAAGGUAGUCCCCGCUGUCAACCAGAUCGAGAACCACCCCAGCCUGCCCCAGCAGGAGAUUGUCGAUUACUGCAAAGACAAGGGCAUCCACAUCAUGGCGUACAGCCCCCUCGGCUCGACCGGUGGCCCCCUCCUGACCGCCGACCCCGUGGUCAAGAUCGCUGAGAAGCGCGGCGUCACCCCCUCUACCGUCCUACUGAGCUACCACGUCGCCCGCGGCAGCACCGUCAUCGCAAAGUCUGUCACACCGGCCCGCAUCAAGGCCAACCUGGAGAUAGUCAAGCUUGAUGACGAGGACCUCAAGGAGCUCCGUGCCUACUCGGAUGAUCUGACCGCCAAGAAGGAGCUCAAGCGCUACGUCUACCCGCCGUUCGGCAUCGACUUUGGCUUCCCGGACAAGUCUUGA